GUACGCAACGUCAUCAUCGUGCGUCCAUUCAAACUGCCGGCAGCGGGACUUUGGGCGAGACAAAAACGGAAUAAACGUGCACAAAAAUAGCACGUGCUGAAAAUAUUUUAUCGUUGAUUACAUCGAAAAGAUUUUUCGCUUUCCGAGAUGUUAGAUACUGUCGAAAAGGAGGACACCGUAAUUAGUGAGGAGGAGGCUGCUCAGUACGACCGACAGAUUCGACUGUGGGGUCUUGAUGCACAAAAGAGUAACAUUGGACUACAUCAAAGGCUGCGAGGAUCUCAUGUGCUGCUUGUGGGUCUCCGAGGGCUUGGAGCAGAGGUUGCCAAAAACCUCAUCCUAGCAGGAGUGAAAGGGUUAACGCUGCUAGACCAUGAGGAGGUGACAGAGGAGUCCUGCCGAGCCCAGUUCCUAAUUCCUGUGGGUUCCGAGGGACAAAACCGGGCUCAGGCUUCUCUUGAGCGUGCCCAAUACCUCAACCCGAUGGUUGACGUCAAGGCUGACACAGAGCCAGUGGAGUCCAAGCCAGAUGAAUUCUUCCUGCAGUUUGAUGCAGUUUGUCUGACUGGGUGUCCCCGUGACCUCAUGAUCCGGAUUGACCAGAUCUGCUCUCAGAAAAAUGUCAAGGUCUUCUGUGGGGAUGUCUUUGGUUAUCAUGGAUACAUGUUUUCCAACUUGGGCCCAGAGCACCACUAUGUAGAGGAGAAACUUAAGGCAGUGAAGCCCUCUGAGGGUACCAGUGAUGGACCUGAUACUAAGAAACCAAAAGUUGAUCCCAGUGAGACCACCAUGGUAAAAAAGACUGCCAGUUUCUGCUCCCUUAAGGAAGCACUAGAAAUUGAUUGGACAAGUGAGAAGGCCAAAGCAAGCCUGAAGCGAACCCCUGCUGAUUACUUCCUUUUGCAAGUCCUGCUCAAGUUCCGCACAGACAAGGGCCGGGACCCGCAGCCCAGCAGUUUUGCAGACGAUUCCACUAUCUUGCGGCAGAUCCGAGAUGACGUCCUGGAGGCGCAGGGUCUGGCCAGUGAUCUGAUCCCAGAUGAGUUUGUCAGUUACUGCUUCUCAGAGAUGGCCCCGGUGUGCGCAGUGGUGGGGGGCGUGCUGGGGCAGGAGAUCGUCAAGGCUCUCUCCCAAAGGGAUGCUCCCCACAGGAAUUUCUUCUUCUUCGACGGUCUGAAGGGCAGUGGCGUGGUAGACUACUUUGCCACCAAGUGAGAAGCCUUUGCCUCUUGGAGAGAGGAGCUGACGGGUGCCAUUGGACACAUUCCUUACCUCACCAGCUCUGCCCUGGAAAAAAUGUGGGAUGUUGUGAUGUUUUACACCUUGGCUUUUACCAGGCUAUAGAUUGGACUGAUAUUGAUCUGUUAAAAUUCUGCCCAGUGUUGUCCAUGGCUUCUUGUGGUGCUCAGAUUAUGUACGCGCUUCCAAACACCCACUCACCUACCACGCACAGGAGCGAUUGCUGGUUUUUUAUCCCAGAACUUAUGCCCUUGUUCCUCUGUUGUCAAUUGUAGUUUAUAAUAGAACAUGUGACUACUUGCUGUAUUGUACUGUAAGUUUUCUCUCAGUCAUUUUGGAGCCGAUUUCAGUUCUCACAUUAACGGUUCCAGUCCUUUCUAUACUGCCUCAGUGAACCCUCCCAAACAAAAGAAGGCAUUUUUACGUUUUGUAAUAAAAAAGAAUAAAACAAAUUGCCCUUGAACUAAAACAUUUUCUGUUAUGGUUGUUUUCAGGUGCAUG